UGAAGGAUUUUUGAGGAAAUCUGCUGAUCCGGUCCCUCGGUUCUUCACGGUUCUGCCUUUUCUCUCUGUAAUGAAAGCGAUGACUGCGGGAGAUUUGUGAACUGAUCCCACAUCAGCACUCCCUAAUUGGAGGGAACCUGGGAAAUAAUAAUAUGGGUCUGAGAGGAGAUGAUCAGCUUAGAGGCAGCCCAUCCCUCACAUGCUGACCGUAUCUUUCUACCUCCUCAUCUCAGGUGAUUAGAGCAAUCCCCCGGACCCUGUCAGAAACUUCGAAUCAGCACACUCAUACACUGAGAUGACCCAAGAACAGUGCACUCAUAGGAACAAUGUCCAGAGUUCAGAGAAACCACAAGUGUACAAAGUGGGAAUAUACGGCUGGAGGAAACGCUGCCUUUACUUCUUUGUCUUGCUGCUGAUGAUCCUGAUCCUGAUCAACUUGGCACUAACUAUCUGGAUCCUCAAAGUCAUGAACUUCACCAUAGACGGCAUGGGCAACCUAAGAAUAACAGAGAAGGGCCUGAAACUGGAGGGGGAAUCCGAGUUCCUUCGACCUCUCUAUGCCAAAGAAAUCCAGUCCAAACCAGGCCGCCCGCUGUUCCUGCAGUCGUCCAGAAACGUGUCGGUCAAUAUCGUCAACGGCAACAACCAGCUGCUCACGCAACUUGUUACAGGAUCCAAUGGAUUUAAAGCGCGAGGCAAGAUGUUUGAAGUCAAAUCCACCUCUGGGAAGCUCCUCUUCUCCGCUGACGAGCAGGAGGUGGUAGUGGGCGCCGAGAGGCUCCGAGUGAUGGGAGCCGAAGGAGCCGUGUUCAGCAAAUCAGUGGAGACACCACACGUCAGGGCCGAGCCGUUCAAAGAGCUACGGCUGGAGUCUCCCACUCGCUCCCUGCUGAUGGAGGCUCCUAAAGGCAUCCAGAUCCUGGCCGAGGCCGGAGACAUUCAGGCCAUCUGCAGGAACGAGCUGCGACUGGAGUCCAAAGACGGAGAGAUCUCUCUGGAUGCUCGGAGGAUUCGCCUAAUGCGGCUGCCUGAGGGAAAGGCCUCCACCAGCUCCUCGUCCUCCGGGACCAGGCAGACUGUCUACGAGGUUUGCGUAUGCCCCAACGGGAGGCUUUUCCUGUCCCAGGCCGGCACCGGAUCCACCUGCCAAAUCAGCAACAACGUCUGCCUCUAGGACUGAUCCAUACAAAUAUAAAUAAAUACACAGAUAUCCUGAAAGAAAGACGGGCAAAAACAGACAUGAUGUACACACAUUGCCUGCCUCUAGGACUGAUUCACAGCAGACACACACAAAGAACACAAAGACUGCCAGAUAUGACAGAAACAUAUAAACAAUCAUAGAUACCGCACCUAUACAGACACACCUAUAUAUACACCGUACAAUCACAAACACUCAGACUGAUAUUUAGGCUCAACCGAUAUGUUUUAAAAGACCGAUACCAAACGUUUGUGAUUGAAGCUGCCAACAGCCAGUAUUUUGCGCUGGUGCUUCAAUGCUACAUUCUCUCUGAAUUUUUUUACAUUUCAGACUGGAAAAGCCUCUGAAAACAGCAUUUAAGACACUGAAACUCUCCACUGAGUCUCAUCCACAUCUCUUUAAGCUCUUUAUACAUACAGUAUAAUAGGAAAUAUUAGGCUUUUAAAUUGAAACACGUAAAUAAAAAGAAACAUUUGCAAGUUUUAAUGACUUUUUAACGCAACUGAGGUACCGUACUGGGAAUGUAUUACAUUGAAUGGCUGAUAACACUAUUUAAUAAAAAGCCAGUAUUGGUAAUAUAUAUCGGUCUGAUCCUAACAGUCAUACAUGACACACAAAUACAAAUGCACACAGGCUUACACACACACACACGCAUACACAAAUAUUUCAACACACACACACACACACAAAGUCUUUGCUCGUAGGAGCCUCCUGCUAGAAACUGAGAGCAAAAUCUCCAGAGAUUUACUAAAAGAGACGCUGAUCUGCUCUCUUACUCCCUCAAGAGUAUUUCAGUACCAGAAUCACUAGAGUGAUCACCUGCGGCAACAGCCCCCCCCCCCCUCUUCUUCUUCUUCUUCUCCUUUUUCCAUUCAUCAUCUCUGCUUCCUUUACUGAUGCUGAGAUAAUGACAGGAUUUUUACUUUUCUCAUUGUUCAUACGGCAUUUGAAGUCUCGUAGGCACAUUAGAGCACUUAAUGACUGCCAAUACUAAUAUAAAUUGGAUCAAUAUAUAAAAUAGUACAAUUAACUAUUACCUACAAUUAAUAUUUUCCAAGGCAAACACACCUGAAACAGCAAAACACAUAUUAGAUCCAGAUGUGUUUUCUCUAUUUAUGUCUACUUUAUAUUCUCGUUAAGUGCCAUUAGUGUGCCUACGUUACAGUGCAUUAGUAGUGACUCACCAUGUUUGGGUUUUGUGGAAAGCACUUAACGCGAUAAUGGGAAAUAUUUCUAACCAACUUUGACUUUGGUUCAGUUAAAAGUCAACAAGAGGAAGACAGAACAUGUCUUUUGUGCAUUGAGACUCAAGUUGUAUUUCAGUAAAUGCAUCCUGUUACAAUCUGCCCGUGUUUACAUCAUACAUCACAUCAGUUUAGCUGCGCAGUGCUAGUAGCGGUUCGUUCAUGGGAAUUAUUUGUUUAGAAAGUGUUUGAGUGGCUGUAGAUUUAAUAUAUAUUUUUUUUUAUUGUCAACAAAUCUCAUGCCAAACCAACAAUAUGUCACCGAGUGCAGCAGUGUGGCUCAUUAACAUGGUUUUAAUAGUUUUUGGACAACAAUGGAGGUCUACAGCACAGAG